AUGACAACCACAGAGAAGUAUUCAGCUCCUUGUCACACCUAUGGCCAACUUCAUCGCAGUGAUGUUAACUUUGAGCAGAUUGACAUUGCCCUUUCCCAUGUGACAAACCAUGCAAUAACGGUGGAACCACACAACACAACUUGGCUUCACACCCAGGGGGACUUGUAUCUCGAUUCACGAAACUACUCAGCAGCCUUGAAGUGCUACUUGAAAGCUGGUUCUAUUUCGUCCCUGUCAUUCAAUCAGCCAGUCCCUCCCACUGUUUGGGACACACAGGUUUUUAAAAAGAUGGUGAUCUGUUGCAUGAGCCUCAAAGCUCACAUUCAGGCGGCACUUCUUUGUCAAUGUGUUGAUCCUGUGGACUUUAUGACAGCAUUUAAGGCCUUUCAGCUGGCUGUAGUUAGCAGAUACCCAUGCAAAGCGGGGCCAACAGGAUAAAAAACACCAAGCAAUGCAAGCCAUUAGUCAAGUUGACAUUAACAUGUACAACAGUCCUGAUGUGCUACAACAUGCAGAGCAAACCAGGAAAUCAGCUCUUUUCAGGUCUCUGGCAAAGCAGUACU